AUGUUCCUUCCCCAUUAUAAGAAGAUUGAAUUGGGAUUCUUUUUCAAUUUUCUUUCCCAAUUGGUAUUUUUUCUUAUAUUCUCUAUUCCUUUCGAUUAUCCUUUUUUUAUUCUUUUGAUAAUAUUUUUUUGCAAUUUGAUUUAUUUUUUCUUUAUUCUUAAUAUUGUAAUUUCGCUGCUUUUCAAAAAUUUUUUCUUUAUUCUUCUGAUAGUAUUUAUUGUUAUAUUCUUUACUUUUUAACCUUUUUUCUUCGUCAUUAUUUCCAGUUUUAUCAUUUUUUGUAAUUUUAGGUUUUGCUGUUAACGUUUCUUUAUAUUUUUGAAUUUGAGGAGCAGCCGAUGAUUCAGCCCCAACAU